UUAAGUUUCGGAUCCAGUUCAGCCUUGAACAAACCAACUAUUCGGUUAUAAUUUACACCGCAGCGCUGCGCUAGGGAAAAUUGGAGUUUAUAUAAUAACUUUGGCAACAUGUUUUUGUGUUUCUAUAUUUCAUAAUACAAUCUUCUCUGUUACUUAAUAAUAGCAAAAUAGAAAAGUUGGUGUUCCUUUUAACUAAAUUUUAACUGUCGACAUCAAAAUAUGGAAGCUCUAUAUAAAACCGCAGAAAAGUUUAAAUUGCCUAAUGCUGGAAAAGACAUGGUUAAUGAAUAUAAAGAAAAAGUAAAAUCUCAAGCAGAAAACUUAGUCAUCAAUGUAUUUCCUCAAAAAAUUUUAGAACUUGAAGCAAUUUUACAGAAUGAAAAAUUAACCAAGCCACAGUUAUCAUCCAUUCAUUGUGAUCUUAACAUUCCAGUUCCAGAACCUCCAUUACUUAAUCAUGAUUCUGAUGAAGUACCAUCUAAGAAACGAAAAUUUGGAAUCAUGAAUGAUGCCUCUGACAUUCAAGGUACGAAAGUUCUCUUGCUUCCAAAUGGCACUGUUCCUUCAAACAGUCAUAUAGUUGAUGUGGUAGAAUUGGUAAAGCCUCGAAUCCAGCAACUAGUAGAAGAUGCGAAUGUACUGAAGAUGUGGAUACAGUUCUUAAUUCCUAGAAUAGAAGAUGGUAACAACUUUGGUGUCUCUAUACAGGAGGAUACACUUGGGGAAGUUAGAACUGUUGAGAGUGAAGCUGCUGCAUACUUUGACCAGAUAUCACGGUAUUUCCUGACCAGAGGCAAAAUAGUUUCUAAAGUUGCCAAAUACCCUCAUGUAGACGACUUUCGAAGAACAGUGCAAGAACUUGACGAAAAGGAAUUUCUUAGCAUGCGCCUUAUCAUUUGUGAAUUAAGAAAUCAUUACGCAUCUCUUCAUGACUUGAUUUUAAAAAAUGUUGAAAAACUAGUGAAACCAAGGACUACAAACACAGAUUAUAUGUACUGAAAUCUAAAGGAGGCUACACUUCAUGAUAUGAUUACAAAGAAUUUAGAAAAAAUAAAGAAACCAAGGACUUCAAAUGCAGAUGCUAUGUACUGAAUGUCUUAAAAUCUAAUUGGAAGAAGUUUAUUUUGUCUCAAACAAAUGCUGGUGUUCAGCUUUUGAUAUUUUUUGGAAGAACUUUUAUUUUCCUUCAAAUAGCUUACUGCUUUAUGAAGACAGUCUGCUUUAGUUGUACAUAAAAUUUUAAACUUUCAGUGGCUUUCUUAAUUUGGCAGGCUGCUGUUUGUUUGAGACUAAAUCUGUUUUGUUCCAAUAAAUUGGUUUUUUAAAUAUUCUGUAUUUUUAUUAUCUGAGUAAAAAUUUUAUUCAACCA